UAUUGGUCUACCACAUACAGUAAAAUCCCCUUAGAAUACAUUGAGGCUGAACAAAUCCCCCAAGUUGUAUGGAUACUUUCACAGGACGCUUUUAAUGUUGUAAAAUGUAGAAAAAAAUAAAUGAAUAAAUAAAUAUUCACAGGGUAAAGCACAUUUGUAACUCUGUGAACAUGAACACUGGUCGCAACGUUUCAAAUAUUGCUUUUACAUCUCGACCUCUGCGCUCAUUGUGCUCAGUGAAUUUCAAUUUCAUUUCGUGUAAGAACAAAUUGUGGGAGUACUAGUUGGACUUCUGAUGCAACAUUCCAGGCGGAGGAAUCAAAUCUACCGCAGCGGGACGGUAGAGGUUUGCCUUGUUGCCAGGAUACGAACGCGGAGGGUGGCGCAUUCAAUACUCGUAUGUGAUUGAAACUGGCUCGUUGACGGCCGACAUUGUGGUUCUGAGUAUUCCCGGUCAUCAACGAAUGACCUUCCCUGGGCGGGAGCCCAAAUGUCGCCAGUUUCGCCGAUGCUCUGUUGAAGAAGCGCUAGAUGCGAAAACAGCGCCAUUUCUGUCGGCGUCCAUGAUACGCGCUGCUACCGCAGCAGAUUCCAGAGCUCGAGCUCGGAACGGCAGCGGGAGAGACCUAGCCGCUCCCCUUUCGCUGUUUCUCUACUUCAGGCCACGGCAGAUUGUGCCGGUGAACGAAGACAGUCUCAUAAUGGACCUCUCUGACUGAGACAGAAACACAUCUUGUGUUUUGCUCAGCAGCUGAGAGCUUUCAGCAGCCAUGCCUUAUGAGUAAAAUCACUUUUUUUUUUUUUUUUUUGCUUAAAGCAAUAAAAAAAAAAAACCAUCCUACAUGCCUCCCCAUGUAGAGCCCCUUAAGUACUUCCUGCUGGAGUGACAGCCCUCCUCGUCCAGAUAGGUUUUGCCUCGUCCUUUUGUUGUUUGCUUCUGCACCUCCCACCCUUCAGUAACAACCCGUCAUGAGGCUGCUCUGCCGGAAAAUGGCCUACACCUGAGGUCCCAUGCGUCCAGUGAGCACAGAUUCAGACGGUCCUGCUCCUCCUGAGAACCUCUCUUGCACCUACCCCAUUGUGGGAGCCCUGUCUGCAUCAGAGAUGUCCCUGCUCCAGUCGCUGGGGCCAGUACAAAGCUGGCUUGGCCAGGAGCUUGAGAAGUGUGGGAUUGACGCCAUGAUCUACACCCGCUAUGUUCUUAGCCUCCUCCUGCAUGACAGCUAUGACUAUGACCUGCAGGACCAGGAAAAUGACAUCUUCCUGGGAUGGGAGAAGGGAGCUGGAAAGAAGUGGGGCAAGGGCAAGAAGAAAGGUGGGACCGACCUGAGUCUAGAGGAAAUAAAGAAGCAAGCCGCAGUGCAAUGCCUUCGCUCUGCAUCUGAUGAAAACUCUGGAAUUGAGAGUCUGGUUGAAGAGCUUUGCUCUAAACUUAAGGACAUCCAGAACAAACAGAAAGAAGAGAAACGCAUUCAAAAGAAAUCGGAUGGCUGUCAGUCACCAGAACAUGCUGAGUCUCCCUCUUCUAAGGACCAGGUGGAAAUGUAUUAUGAAGCAUUUCCUCCUCUGUCAGAGAAAACUGUUUGUCUCCAAGAGAUCAUGACGGUGUGGAACAAGGCGAAGGCCUGCACAUACUCCAGUUCAUCAUCCUCUGCAGCUCCACAAACCAGCACAGAUACAUCUUCCCCCAAAGACUGCAACAGUGAUGGUGAGGCUGCAAAAGAGCGAAACCUAGAGGUGUGUAGUACCAUCCCUACUGUGACCAGGGAGAGAGGCCAGCAGCGGCGGGGCAAGAAGGAGAAAGAAAACCGAUGCCAUGGUGGUGCAGCAGCAGAGGAGAAGUCCAUCAGCCACCCUAAGAGACAGAUUAGACACAGAUCUGAAGGAAAAUAUCGCCCCAGAUCAUGGUCUUCUGGUUCUAGCGAGGCAGGUUCAAGCUCCAGUGGGAACCAGGGUGACACAAAAUCAUCCAGAAGCAAAACUGUUAGAGUGAGGCACAAAUCCAGGGAGGCUGCAAAGAACAAGAGAACACGCAACAACGGGCAGGGGAAGCUGCAGAUGAAGGUUAUCGAUAAGGAGGAAAGAAGAAACGUAGGAGCGAGCGGCAGCAGCGCAACUGGCAGUGCUGCUAAACAACCACAGCUUUACAAAAAGUGGAAGAGACCGCUGAAGGAGAUUCGUAAAGAGCUUGGGUUACUGGAAGCAAGAGAGUCUGCAGUUGAGGCCAGAAACAAAAAGGAAUACAAGGAGGAGCCGCUUUGGUACACGGAGCCCAUCACAGAGUACUUUGUACCUUUCAGCAGCUGUCAAAGUAAGCUUGAAACAAAAUAUCGCAGCAAGGUAGGCUCUCCGGAUGGCUUUGGUUUUUCGGCAGAUAUGGAACGGCUGCCAGAGAAAAUCCAAGGAAUCUGCAUUGCCAGCGAGAACUAUCAGAGGGCCUACUUGGCAGCAGGCUCAUUUGUGGAUGGGCACUUUGUGGAAGCGCCCGGCGACGCGGACAACGAACCCGCUGACCUCACUGAAAUUUCAUGCUGCCCUCAGCCAGAAGAUACUAGAGAUUUAGAUGACAAGCAUCUGUCUGAAUUUACCGACUUCUAUGAAGUUGAUAUUUAUCAAUCCAUAUUGGAUACUAGUGCCUCAGACACGAUACAAGAGAGUCGGAUCUUAAGCUUGAUUCGACAGAAAAGCAAAGAGCAAGGAGACAAUGAGGCAGAAUGCUGUUUAGUGUUAGAUGGCCUUGAGCAGCAAGGGAAAAGUGCAAUACAGGCAGACUCACAGGAAGCUUCGGGAACUGUUGGAUUUCUAAUGGAGGAUCUCGAAAACAUGGUACAAGUGUGGGGAUGUUAUUCGCCAUCUUCUUCUGAUGAUGUAGACGGAGAAGGUUUCCUUGGAGAUUCUCCUGUUCGACUCUCUCCGCUGCUGGAUAGCGUUUCAUUGACCCUGAGCAAGCUAUCCAGACCUCUGGAAGAACCACCUGUUCCUGAAGCUCCUAGUGAACCGUCUGGUUUGGAUUCAUUCUGCUUCUCUCUCUUUGAGGUGCAGUGUGACAGUGCCACUCUUCCCUUCCCCCACGAGUCGCUGUCCGUUUGUCACGAAAACAACACCAAUUCUAGUAGCUGUCUCGACCCGCAUUCUAAUAAACAGUCCCGCUUGCUAAUAUGGACCAAAAAUAGUGCCUUUGACGAAACUGAACACUGUUCUAACCUUUCAACACGAACUUGUAGUCCAUGGUCACACUCAGAAGAGACCCGGUCAGACAACGAACAGGGAAGUGCUCUAGCAGACGACGCUGCUCAGAUUGGCAGAGAAGAACCGGAUCGAGUGAUCCCUCCUCUUUCGGGUACAUAUCUGGAAGAUGAAAUAUUGGAAUUUUUGCAGGAGGACUCGGGCAAAAAGUGUGAAAAAGUCAGUGUUAGCACAGCAUCCAAUCAGACCUUUACCAAAAAAUCUAAAUUAGAGUCCAUUUGUGGCAUAGCGCUAGAAAAAGAUGAGAGUAAACAGUACAGCACAGACAUGUUUUCGGACAACGGAAACCAACAGAGCGAUGAUUACAGCUCAGGGAUUAUAAAAGACAUAUGGACUGCAAUUGGAGACGGGAAGUCUGCUGUGUCAAAAGAUGGAGCAGAAAAGACAAACAUGGGGCUAUUUUCAGAUGAGUCAGACACUUGCUGUUGCCGGUGCCUAGAGGUCCAGACAAAAGAUGUUCCCGUUCAGGGACCUCAGAAAAAAGCUGUGCAGCGAUCUGAGUAUCGCCUCUGGGAAGGCAAGAAAGAAGAACAGGACUUAGCCAAAAACAAACUCUCCAAAGUAGAUGCUGCUGGGGAUUAUAUGACUCCGUCCAAGCCUUGGGACUUGAACUCUGACAAGGAAAGUACAUCAUUCAUCCUUGGAGGGGUAUAUGGAGAGUUAAAAACACUAAGUGGUGAUAAGAAUUGGGCUGUAGUGCCACCAAGUGAUACUCAAGAUAGUUUGCUACAGUGUGCCGCAGCAGCUGCUUCUGCUUCCAGCUCAGAAAUGCUUACCAUCACCGGCAGAGAUGUGUUCAUGAACACAGGCAGCUGCUUCGCCCCAGGGCACCGGCCCCUAUGGAGGCCCCUUGUUUCGUUUGGGCAGAGUGACCAGGCCAAUAGAGGAGGUGGAGAUGGAUUCAAUAAGGGAUUUUCUUUGAUCUUCCAUGAAGAUUUGCUUGGAUCUUACGGAGGAUUGCAUAAAGAGGAGCAAGGUCUAGAAUACCCGUUUGCAUCCUUUAACCUGAAUAAUCCCUUCUCUAAAGUCCUCCAUGUUGAGUGUUCGGUUGAGCCUGAGGAUAUGGCUUCUUUCAGUCCGGGCUUCAAGCCCAAAUCUAUUCUUUGCUCUGAUUCAGAGAAUGAAGCCUUCCACACACGAAUUUAUGGCAUCAACCGGACGCAGUAUAGAGCCAUUCGCAUUUCACCCAGGACUCAUUUCCGACCAAUAUCAGCCUCAGAGUUGUCUCCUGGUGGAGUUAGUGAUUCAGAGGCCGAGACUGACAAAGAGGAAAUGAGUUUUCCCACUGUGGCGCCGGUGGAUGUGUUCGAUGAUCCUCAGGCCGACCUCAAACCUCUGGAGGAGGAUGCAGAAUGUGAGGGACCUUAUUACGGGAAGUCAGAACUGGAAUCUGGUAAAUUUUUACCCAGAUUAAAGAAGUCUGGCAUGGAGAAGAGUGCCCAGACCUCUCUGGAUUCACAGGAGGGUUCAAGUACCCUUCUGCCAAUCGCUGAGCAAGAGAGUGGCUUAAGCUGCAAAACGGCAGCAGCUGCAUCAAGCACAGGUCGACAGAUGGAUGUUGGCAAGAUUCAACAAGACGAAUCUUCAGAAGAAAAGCAGUCCCAGUUAUGUUCACCAGCAGGUCAGAUCCCCAAGUGUGGGAUUGCUUAUGACUAUGUUGGCGACAAGCAAGAGUUUCCUCUGUUAAAUAGAAGUGGACAGGGAGGAAUUGGCAGCCAGCAAGAUGAGUUCUGGUGGCAGAACACAAUUUGUUCCCCCCUUUUCCCUGGAUCUCAGUGUACAGGGAGCAGCAACAUUUGACUUCUCCAGUUUUGCAGAGGACACCCGUUGCCAAGAGAACUUCCUCUGGUCUUGGGACUGGACCUCGACCAGCAAAGAUUCAGGAAAACCUAAUGUAGGCUAAUUUUCUGAGACACCUCUCCAAAACCCCAACACAUAAACCUGCUGGCUUUUCAUUUACUAACUGCAAACAAAAAACCUUGUGUAAUCAGCAGUCAGAUCAACAAAAAGAGUGAAAAAGGAAAACUUAAAAAAAAAAAAAAAAAAAAGUUCUGUCUUUGAGUGAUGCCAUGAUUAUUCUGCACACUGAUCCUUUUCAAAUCUCACAGUUCGCUUGUAGAGACGUUUCUGUUCCCACCAUUUUGAGAGUGAACCAAGGUUCUGGUGGUCGGUGCCGUCUGAAUGGUUGUGCAUGUUUGUUCGUCCAGGCAGUCUCGCUCCUGUUUUCCAGUUGAACCUAAUGUCGCGUGAAACAACUGCUAUCACAUCCUCUACUUUCCAUGUUGAAUUCAGAAAGACAAUACAAGGAUGUAGAGAUUUUAUCUUAGUUCUGUAACAAUUUGAGACUUCUAGUUUGUACAACUUUCUGAAUGUGAAGUAGAGAAUGUGUUCAGCUUUCUUCUGAAUAUCCUCGACUUCCCUGUGUGUGAAAAGUUGUCUGAUUUUUGAAUGGUGAUAGUCUUUAAGAGCUAGCAGUAGAUUAGAUAUAGUGUGGUUUGUGAGGUUAAAAAAAAAUCCUUAAAACAUAAAAAUAACCAGAAAUCAAAAUGAGUUUUGUGGGGAAAAUACCAAUAGUCUCAAUCAAAAUGCAGGGCUAUACACAAGAUUGGUUUAAAAUAAUAUAUAAAUAAAAACAAAAAAAAAGGUUUUGGGCUAAAAACCCUACAUAAGAUGGCACGACUACAGCCAGACGUCUUGGUUGCAACUGAAACAGUUUUCUUUGUGAAUUCUAUGGUACAAAAUAUUGGUGCUAUUAACAUGUUCAAUAAUCUGGCCGUAGUAACUUUGACAUAGUUAUAGUUUGUAACCAGACUCCAUGAAUCCUUUCUUUUUUCUUUUUUUUUUUCUUUUGGAAAAUUUGGGGCGUGAAUUUCUGACUGAACAUAGCUUGAUUUAUUUUUUAUCAGAACCUCGUAUUUAUCUGGCCCGAAACGGCAGAAUUGUCAGCAGACAUGUAAAAAUCCUUUGAGUUCAGAAGCCCCCACAGCAGAAAGGCCAACAUCGCUGCAGACUGCCCACAGUGCGAGUAAACCAAUGUGUAGUAAGAAGUGGCCGGGCGAACAUCAAACCAAAAACAAGCAGGAAGUACUCUGAGAUAUACAGAUGCUGCUUUUGUUUCCAUGUGAGGUGUGUUGUUUAUUUUCUUUGGGUUUACAAUAUAUCUUGUUGAAAUCUUGAUUAAUGUCCCUCUGUUUUGUGUGUGGUGAUGUAGAACUUGUGAAGACACCGGUUCAGACUGAGUGUAAUAAAACUUUAUUUCAAAGAAAUGGCUUCAGACUAAAAGGAUGGAAAUGCCCCCCCCCCCAGUUGUUUAGAAACCCUGGUUUCCAGGUUUGAGAAAUCAAAGCAGCAGUUCUACUGUGCUUUUCAGAAGGUCCUUUUCUUUCUCCAAAUGUAAUUCAUUUUUCAUAAAGAUCAAGGAUAAUAUAAGUGACCUAAUUGUCACAAGUACCACAAACACGAAGCACAGAUAGAAAUCCUCCUUCUAUUGUCAAAGAGCAAGGUGGGGCUUCCACUUUACUAAGUGUGAAUGUUGAAGCCGCGUGAUAGUUAAGCCCAGUGGUACUUUACCUAAAAACCCUUCAAGUAGUGGAACGAAGCAAACUCAACUUCAGGGUCUUGUCCCCUUUCCUUAACAGUCAAGAUACUCAGGAAUUUUUUAAUAAAAGCAUAUUCUACACUCAGACCUGUGACGGUGCAGUGAUGCAUUAAUGUUUUCUUUUGUUUUGUUUGUUUGUACAGCAGAAAUUGGUGACAGAAGUUGUUUUCAAGCAUACCGCUGUAAUGACUGUCAUUAAUGUAGAGCUAAAGUUUUAAUAAAAAAAAAAAAAAAACAAUUAAAAAAAUCAAAGCCAUUGUUGAUUGCAUAAACAGCGCGGGAGGGAAUUUAGGAGCCCUGAGUUCUAUGCAAUACCUUGGCGCAUGUAAACAUUCAAAAGUAUUCAAAAGGACAAAAGUCAUGCAGCUAAUUAAGCAUGUGGAUUACUUUUGAGUGAGGGACACCUGAGAACAAUGGAAUGUGUCUGAGAAAUAAAGCAUGCAAGCAUCACACUCCAUUGCUUUAAGUUGGAUGAAACGCAUUUUAGUUUAAAGAAAAAAAAAAAAAAAAGGUUUAAAUCAGUGAGAGAAUGUUAUGAGUGUACGAGUGUGUGUGAAUGUGUGCCUGAAGCAAAGUCACAAAAAGCACUUACAUUGGAUGGAUUGCAUCACAUCAUUCUCCUCUCAACUUUCAUUUAUAUAAGCUGUUUAAAACAAGGAAAGAAAAACAUGUUUGGCGGGAAAAUGUAUUCGGUGAUUGUAUAUGUGUUCGAAAGAAGAUGGACAUUUUGACGCGGUUGCCGAGUUUCGUUGGCACUUUGGUCUGAAGAACAUAUACAGCUCUGAAAAUCAGAAUUUUCCUCGUCUUUUCAUUCCUACCCAGAAGAUGCUCCUCCAGCCCUCCCUCUUCCUUUAUGACCCUAAUAGAUGUGUUCUAAUUUUAUGUACACCAUGAGUAAAUUAUUUUGUUUCAUUGUGGAGUUUAACAUCUAAUAAAUGAAUAAAGCAAACCUUCA